CCUGCCUCGGUUGACACGACAAAGCUGAUGUGGACUGGCACAGGAUCUUCAGAUGGGUGGCGUGUGCAGGGCGUGUUGUCGACUGGGAGCACCUGUACUGACGGUUGCUUCUAGUGCUGGGCCCGAUGCUCGUUGGCAACCCGAGAUCGCAAAUUCAGGGAUCCAGGUAUCCCUGGACAUUUGCUCUCGAGCUAUCAUUCAUCCGUUGCUGUGGUUGAGUGCUCAGUUCUGUCUUCUGAAGAGCUCCGUAGGCGCGCGGGUUCCUAGCGAUUAUCGAUUAGAGUGAAUGUCGAUCUGGCUGGCACCAAGGACCACCCCUGUGGCCCAGUGUAAGAGCUGAGCAUGGGCUGGAGUUGACGCCGGACGGAGGCCACUUGCGAUGG